ACGCGAAAUACUGAUAAUAAUAAUUAUUUUUACGUAUAUCAGUAGCAUGGGUCACUCUCAUGAAAAAGAAUAAAACGCACGAAUAAAAAAGAACUGAGAUGCGGGUAUAAUUUGUCAUUCAGUUACUUAGUUGUGCAUCUCAUCAUCGGAUCAUCAUUGUGUCUUGUUGAUGUUUUCUAUUGACCAAAAAUCGAGAUUUAACAGAAAUAAUUAGGUGUUACAACAAAUAUUUACACACUGACAAACAAAUCCAUUCGCGUAUGUGUAAAUUGUGGUGUCUGGAUAAAAAAAAAAUAAAUAAAUAAUAAUAACAUCAACUGAUAUGAAGAAGAAAAAAAUCGUUUGUCCGUGCACUACAGUGUGAAAUAUCGUACAUACAAAAAAAAUAUAUCGGAGUUGUAUCGGAGCGUCGCUGUUGUCGUCGUCGUCGCGGUCGUCAUACUUCACUGUGUUAUUCCGAUUAUUAUUAGUGUAUACAACACAUUUAUUUUGUAAAUAGUAUAAAAUAGUUUUGUCAUCAAAUAUAAAGUUUUUGAUAAAUGCUAAAAACAGUUUUACACUUGUGCUUAGUUGCGAUCUGGAGUUUGAUUGAUUCGGCACGGAGCGCUCGAAUAUCGUCUAAAAAUAAGUUAUUCUUGCUACUUCUUGUCAAAUCGUGUCGAAUAUUAUGUGACUCUUUAUAAACAAAUGUGUGGCUAUUUUUUUUUUAACAAAUAAUAUAUGAUAAUAAAAAUUGAGAAUUCUGACAAAAAAUAAACAAUAAAAAAACGAGAAAUACGAGACACGAAAAAUAAAAUAAAAUUGCUAGAACAAUCGACUGCUUGUUGUUUUGUGUAGCAUAAAAAAUAGAGAGAAACUCAAGACGACCGACGACUCAUGCAAAAGAAAUCAAAUUUCUAGAGAAAUGUUCAAAAAUCGCAACGACAAUCGAAUUGUGGUGGAUCUCGAGUCCCCCAAUGGCAAGGAAGAUCAGAAUUUGCUGUCGAUCCCAUGGCCAGCCGGUAACAUGGCAAAUGGCGAAAUUUCGGCACAAUCUACGAUCACUUCGAUGCCCGGUGGCAUGUACAUUCCCAAGUCGCCCACUGAGUCGUUAGGAAAUAAAUCUUUGAGAAGUCGCAUUUUUCGUCCCGGUGCUAAUGUAAGAAAAUCUCGCAAGCGAGCAGUGCUGAAAAAUGGAGACUGUAACGUAGUCCAGAUGAAAUUGUCGCAACGGAGACUGCGUUUCCUGCAAGAUAUCUUUACAACUUUAGUCGAUUCGCAGUGGAGAUGGACUUUGAUGAUUUUCACAUGCAGUUUUGUGGGUUCUUGGCUGUUCUUUGGCAUCAUUUGGUGGCUAAUUUGUUUCACGCAUGGCGAUCUGGAGCCGAUGCAUUUACCUGAUCAACAAGCUGACAGUGGAUGGAAGCCAUGCGUGUACAAUAUUUACUCAUAUACUAGUGCCUUUUUGUUCUCAAUUGAGACACAAACAACGAUCGGAUAUGGUGUCAGAACAACCACAGAAGAGUGCCCGGAAGCUAUUUUCAUGGUUUGUUUGCAGUCCGUGUGGGGUCUCAUUAUGCAAGCUUUUAUGGUUGGAAUCGUCUUCGCCAAGAUGACUCGCCCGAAACAACGUGCCCAAACUUUGCUUUUCUCCAAGAACGCCGUCAUUUGUCAACGCGAUGGCACUCUUUGUCUCAUGUUCCGCAUCGGAGACAUGCGUAAGAGUCACAUUAUCGGUGCCAACGUGCGUGCCCAACUCAUUAAACCCAAAGUUACCAAAGAAGGCGAAAGCAUGGGACACUAUUUGACAGAAUUGGAAGUCGGAACAGACAAUUGUGCUUCCGAUAUCUUCUUUAUUUGGCCAAUGGUAGUCGUUCAUCAAAUCACCCCGGAAUCACCUUUCUGGAAUAUGUCGGCGUCAGAUAUGAUCCAAGACAGAUUCGAGAUCGUCGUAAUACUUGAAGGCACCGUCGAGUCAACUGGACAAACGACACAAGCACGUUCCAGUUAUCUCAACACGGAAAUUCUUUGGGGACAUCGUUUUGAACAAAUUGUGCACUAUAACAAGGACAAACAGCAUUUCGAGAUCAACUAUAGUCGGUUCAAUUCGACACAACAAGUGGACACGUUACUUUGUUCUGCCAGUGAAUUGAGUGACUUUUACAAAUAUCAGGAGGAGUACAAUCAAAAUAGAAGAGAUUCUGCUGGACUGAAACUCAAAAAACAAUUGCCACUGCGAUUCAUGCAUCGACGACCUUCUCUUCCGCCAUCGCGUCGGGCAUCUUGCGUACAAGCACUAGAUGAGGAGCCCUUGACAAUCAACUACAUUGAUGAACAUGAGGACCAAGAAAACAAAUAAUUACGAAAAUUUGACGAACAAUUUUUUUUUUCAACUUUUAAGCUUAACCUGAAUUAUGUUUGAACAAAUUUUAUUAUUUUAUGUUGUAAAAAAAUCAUUUUUUGUUGUUUAAAUAUUUUAUUCGUCACAAAAAAAAAUAUAAAAUAUUCUAACGAAAAACAUUGCCUUAUAUUAAACUCAUAGAAUGUAGUUUGAUUCUAAUUAAAUACACGAAAAAAAAGUUUAGUUUUAUAAAUUUCAUUAGCGAGACUGUGUUAGUAAGAUUCUCUAAUCAUUAGAAUGUUAAAAUAAUACUUAAAAUUAUCAUGAACUUAUCAAUGUUCUUUAUUAAAUAUAAAUAAAUUUGAUUAUUUACUCUCGGACGUACUAUCUGAAUCAGAGAUUCAAUUCUUUAUCAUUAUUAAUUUUUGUUGUAGUCAAUAUAAAUAUCAGUUACAUAUGUUUAGAAUAGAUCUUAGACGAUAAGUUGUUGAAAAAAAAAAUACGAUUGAGACAAUAAAAAAGAGACAUCACUUAAAGAU